AAAAAAAAUAUCCAUUUUUUCUUCUAGUUCCUGACUUGCAAUACAUUUAAAGUCAGUAUUUAGACUACUUAAACCGACACAACAUAUAUGGUCCGAUGUACUUUAUUCCCUCCAUCAGGAGUGACAUCCAGAGUCUCUUCAUGGCUAGACUUCCUCAAACCCCAGUUUUCCUCCUCCUAACCAUUUCCACCCUCAUUUCCUUCCUCGCAAUUCCGUCCACCGGAGAGAAUUAUGGCUUCGUAAAAUCCAUCGAAGGAGAGAAAAUCAGUCUAGGAAAAGAAAAACUCAGCCACUUUCGUUUCUAUUGGCACGACAUCCUCGGUGGCAAAAAUCCUACCGCGGUUUCCAUUGUUCAACCGGUUGCCAACUCGUCGACGGCCUUUGGAAUGGUGAACAUGAUCGAUGAUGCAUUGACUGAGGGCCCCAAAUUGAGCUCGAAAUUGAUCGGUAGGGCUCAAGGGUUUUACACUUCGGCUUCGCAACAAGAGGUUAGUCUAUUGAUGGCUAUGAACUUCGUGUUUAUUGAAGGCAAGUAUAAUGGGAGCACGAUCACCGUGCUAGGAAGGAACCCGGUGUUCAAUAAGGUUCGAGAAAUGCCGGUGAUCGGAGGAAGUGGACUUUUCCGAUUUGCUCGUGGUUAUGUUAAAGUCAAGACUCACAAGUUCGACACCAAGUCCGGUGAUGCCACUGUUGAGUAUAAUGCUUAUGUGAUGCAUUAUUGAUGUUUUGCUUAACUUUUUGCUUUAGUUAUUUGCACUGAUGAUGAAUGAUCUCAAUAAUUAUUAUGUUGCUCACGUUCUAUAUCUAUUACACUAUUUAAGAAAAAAAAAGUACUACACAUUAUGAUUCUUGUUAAA